GUGGCGGAGUACAGGAAGAUUCUGAGCGGCAAAAGUGAAGCCGAAAUCGGAAACCUGGACUCGAUUCGUAUCUGGAAUAUUCUCACCCUGAGAGCCGAAAUUCAGAAGACGCUCGUUGCGAAAGGGCUCGUUGAGGCCCCAAUCGGCUCCGAAUCCGAUGAUGUUCAAUUCCCGCCGCCGCAGCAGCUGCUUCCCAUUCCACAACAAGGCUGGACGGCCGCCCUCAACCAUGCUCAUAUUCAUUGUCAUGUCAUUGCUGCCGCCGCCGGCACCGGUGCCAAUUUUAACGGCAACGAUGAAACUAUGUCGGAUGGUCGCAAUUAUGGUGUUGGUUAUGAGAAGCAGAGCAACGUGGCGAAGCGCAAAGCGGUGGCUGUUGGUGGUGUGGACGAGGACGACCCAUGUUGUCCCUAUGAUCUGCCGAAGAAGAAGCCCAGCCACGGCGUCGGGGUUCUUCGGAUCGAUGAGGCUAAAGCCCUGGCUCGGGACAAGGCGCCUAUUGAUGAAGCAGAGGAGGAGGGCGUGUCCUCUGAUUCUGACUCAUCAUUCUGA